AUGGUCUCUACUUGUGAUUCUAGGCCCAUAUCUACUCAUACUGCUCCAGUUAGCGAAGAGGCAGACAUAUUUGCCACCCCGAUCCAACCAGCACCUCGCAGUGGCGCACGAACAACUCGAAGCGGUGUCAACAACUCCACAACUGAUAGAACUGCCAGCUUCUCAUCGCGCGGCUCUCAGUCGCUCAGUCGAAGUAAUGUCUCCCCCCUCUUCAUUUCCCCCCUGACACGUCUAGAAGCAGCUGUCAAUGCUUUGGAGUCAACCGAAGAGGAGAGUAAGAAGUUGACGCUUAAUCAGAGUGGUCUUCUCUCUUCAAGACAGCUUUAUAAUCCAAAUGUAACUUAUCUCUUUGAUGAAUCACCUAGAGUCUUGAGCCAGGAGCAUCAAACCAAAACGCCUCCUCCAGGAGGUCUCAUUGUUCCUGCCUUUGGAAAUAAGUACUUUAACAUCACCUCUAAGUCGGCUAUCUUAGCAAAGGCAGAUGAAUGUGAUAGGAGCAUCAAUGAAACCGCUCUUCAGAAGCAACCCCCGAAGACAACAAAAAAUCCGAAGACUGGUAGUGCUAGGUCCGUCAAUAAAGGAAAUAGUCGUCGUUUCUUUAACUCUACCUUUGCAGAAAGAAAUAAACGAGAGGUAGAAAGGCACUUCUUUGAGGUGGUCGGUGAGCCCUCUGAUCCUUCAACGCCAAAAACUGCCGGUAGACAAUUGAAGUCAGUAAAGAAAACUGGCGGUGCUGGUGUGGCUAACCGGCAGGUAAAGAAUCCAAGAAAACCGAAACGACAGACAAAAAAGACGAAACCGAAGAUCAAAUUAUGUGAGUUGAAAAAUUUAGCUUCAAUUAAUUAA